CAUUCAUUGAUUUCGGAUUGGCGGCGUGGAAAAUGGCUAGUCAAGAGAUACGCAUAAGUUUGCCUGGAAUGACAAAAGUACCGGUAAUAGAUAGAAAAGAAGAUAUUUACUCUAUUCUUCAAACUUAUUACCACCAGUUUCCUCCAGUUGAGAAAAACUUUAACAUACGCCCUUCAGCUUCCUUUUCCCCACAGAUCUUUGGAGCUGGCAAAAGCUGUGUAGGACAAAAUUUUUUACAGUUUCUAAAAAAAUUCGCCGAAGAAGAAAAAGAGCAGACGAAGACAGAGGUUUUCAACAAAAGCUCAUCGGGAAAAGUUGAUUUGAAGAUUUUUUCUUGGAAACACUUUGCGGAAAACACUUUGUCAGUUGUCUUAGAACUAGAAGACGGUUUUUCUGAUGCUCCUUUUCCAAGGUUUCUACAGGCUUUGUUAUAUAAUAUAAUUUUGAACGCUUAUCGACAAAAUGGAAGAAGAAAAGAUGCCGCUCACGUUGCUUCAAUGAUAAUCAGAGAACUCAACUUGGACGAUGCCAUAGAUUAUCUUCUCGAACAGUUUCAGAAACGAUAUUUAUUUUUGAUGAUAGACGAACUUAGCCACCUGAGUUACCUCACCAAAUACUAUAGUGAACUUACCACGAAACAGUUCGUCGAGUCUGACCCAAAAUAUGUACCUUUCCGGAAUUUCUUCCGUAUUUUACGUGAUUUGUUGAUUACAGGGAAGUUAAUUGUCUAUUUGGCAGGUCGGACUGCUGAAAUCUCAGCCCCCCUGUCUGAUGCUCGCUCCAGUAGUGUGAGUCUCCAUAUGUUGCGGUUGAAUCCCUUUAACCUCCAUGAUAUUAACGAAUAUAUUGAGCUGGCAACUUAUGAUGGAAAGUCCUUGAAGGACUGGUUAUUGCCCUCCGAUGAUUUACGACAUCGAUUCGUAGAAUUGUUGAAAAAGAAGACAGGAGGUAUUCCGUUGAUUGUAAGGAAUACUUUAUUAGCCCUAGUAGAGAAAGUUGCAAACUUAUCGCAACCUGUUAUCAACGAUGAAAAUAUGGAAAUUUUGUUAGAUAGUGUCUUUAGCUCUUUACUACUAGAGUCAGUAACGUUUAUUAUUCCAGAGAUACUAGAUUCCGCAACCCUUCUUCGAUAUCAAUUUGUCCUUUUGAAUUAUCAGCUUGGAACAGUUUUUCCAAUUGACUUUGUAAUUACUCUAUGUGGAACGAGAAGUUAUUUGAUGGACUUGGUUGCAACUUUUGGGUUUUACUUUGAAAUUUGUGAAACUGACGGGAUUGAUUUGGGCACCGAAUUCAAGAUUGGUUGUUGUGAAUUUAUAUUGAGAGCUCAUAGCAAAGAUAACUUUUUCCUUGAGGCUACUGAACUCUUGCCUUUAUCUCCGUUUAGUUAUAUUCCCGACACUUCAACAGCAAAAAGAGUCUUCUUUGAAUUUAUAUUUAUGAAGAUCUUUCGUUUUCGCUUAUUAACUUUUCUUCAUUCUAAUUCCUCGCAGAUUGUACAUUCUGCUAUUCCAGGAAUUUUCCAGGGUUCUGUUAUUGAACAGGACAAUGUUUCUUUUUCUAUGGAAUCAACAAAAUCUAAUGAUAUACCCAUCUUGAGAAAUGUCUCUGAUUCAUUUUCUGACCAUUAUAGAAAAUAUUUACAACGUUGUGGUAUUUUUGUUCCAAAAGAUGGCAAUUCGAGUGGCGCUGAUGCAUAUGUUGUAUUCCAUAAUGGAGAAACACGUUAUGUUGUUGGAUUUUCAUUCAAAUUUUAUCACAAAAGUGAAUUUUCGAAAACAAAUAUUGAGAAAGAAGCAAAAAAAUUUUUUAAGGGAGUUGUUUCCGUUUUGAAUGACGAAUCUUUUUCAUCUGUUCAACUUCGUUUUCAGUUUGUGGUAGUAUGUACUAGAUAUGAUCAAUCUGUAGGUUUCUCUACCGAAGAACAUAAUACUGUUGAAGAUGCAAGUUAUUUGGUUACUGAACAUUCUUCAAGGUCAACUUUAAAUGAAAGUAGUCGAUCAUGUCUACAAUUGGUAAUUGUUUCCCAAAGGAACCUCGAACGAUUUUUUGGAAGAGAAAAUUUCGAAAUUUUGAGGAAAAUUGGCAAGGCAAGCCCAGAAGAAUUCAGUAAAGACUUUUCAGUAUGGUGUAAAACUGUCUUUGAAUCGAUGUCCAAUGAAUAUGUUUCAUCUUUGGAAGCUGAGCAAUCAAAUGUUAUUUCAAGAGUAGCUCAACAUAUGGGACGGAGAAUAAAUGAGGAGAAUAGGAUGCAAAUGGAAGGUUUUCAAAGUGCUAUGCAAGUGGAAGAAGAAAAGACACGAGGCAAACAAAAAGCUGCAGCAUCCAGUUCUUCAUCAUUUGAUUGGAAUACCUUCCUAAGAGAAUAUUGUGGCUUCACGGAAGCUUCGUUUAUUGAGCGCUAUGCACGUCAACUGCGUGUGUUUAGUCCAAAAACCUUUCCAUAUUUGGACGACUCUACUUUAUUAACCUUUGGUAUAGCUCUACAGGACAUUCCAUUGAUAGUUGACGGAAUACAUGAGUUUCUUGAGCAACAAUCGAUGAACGUGGAUCUUGUUGAAAGAUAAACCUUUUCAAGGCUGGGUUACUGUGUUUCUAAAAUUGUAUUCAGAAUAUUCAGUGUUUUAUAAUUAC